CCAACUACAUGACAGGAAGUUGAUCGCUGGUGAACAUUAGCUACUGAAAGACUUAGACUUUUCAGGCGAACAACUGUGAAGUAAUAAAAUGGACCCAACAGCAGCACCGCAGACGGCAGAUUCAUUGAAACCAGCAGCUGAAGCCUCUGAUCCAGAAGUGGGGUCUGCAAACACUGCAGAUGAAGCCCAGGUCAACAACCGUCUGUGUGAAAUUCGUUUAGUGGUACUGGGCUGGAGGUGGCCAGGGAAGAGCCUGACAGCCAACACCAUUUUAGGACGAGAGGAGUUUCGCUUGGAGAGAGCAGCAGAAUUUUGUGUUAAGAGAGAAACUGAAGUCCAGGAACGGAAGGUGAUUGUGGUGGACACUCCAGGCUGGUUCUCUGUCCAGGAUACACCACAGCCCUACCAGAAGGAGAUUGUGAGAGGUGCAUCCCUUUGUCCUCCAGGUCCCCACGCCUUCUUGCUGACCAUCCCUGUAGGCAUGUUCACAGAGGUGGACCGCUCUCGCAUUGAAGAGCACGUGAGCCUCUUCGGGGAGUCUGUGUGGAAUCACACCAUUGUGGUAUUCACAUGGGCUGAGGUGUUGAGGACCAUUCCCAUCGAACGCUACAUUCACAGGGAAGGCAAGGAGCUUCGGUGGGUGCUGGACAAGUGUAAGCGCAGGUACUUUGUCAUUGAUAACUGCACAUUCGGGGAGCAUCCCCAGGUGGGACGCUUAAUGGAGAAGGUGGAGAAGAUGGUGGCAGAGGAGGGAGGCUUCUUCAAGACAGAGAAGGAGAAGAAACCGCUGGAUGAGAACCAGAACCCAUCUGCAGUCAUGAACAGAGAGGGACGAGAGCUGGGAGCCCGACCCAAACAGAACUCUGGCUUGGGUUUGGCCACGGCCAUGGAGGUGGAAUCCAUUUCUAAUUAACCAUACAUUCUUGACCCAUGGAGCCUCUAAACUCAGACUAAUGGAGCCUGUGCCUCACUGCGCUGACAGCAAAGUUUUUUUCUUUCACACAAACAGGUGUGAAAUACUGAAUGUGAUUAUUUAUUUAGUUUUUGAUCAGAGAUUUGUGUGCGUUUUUGUUUUGUGCCUUUAUCUUCCCAUAUGAUUUUAACGCUAACAAUUAAAUGUAGUCUCAUUGUAAUGCUGUUUAGAGUUUAGUGUUCUGCUGCAGUAAAUAUGUUUUGAACUUUACUUUAAGGCUGUUCUUAGGUGUGUUUGUAUCAUCAGGGUUGUGUUGUAACAGGACAAAAUUAUUUUAGUCUACGACAAGGAAGUAGGAAGUUCUACGACAGCAGUGCCAUCCAUUUUGAUUACAUCGUGAAUGGUCCAGUUGACAGAUACAAUCAGAACAGGAAUACAGAUUUUUUUUUUCUGCAUUAUUUCUAUCAAGCAACUUGAUUUUUAUAGUUUUCAUUUGUUAUGAGCAACCUAUAAACAAUUUUCUAAUGCUGAACUGUUAAUGUACACUCAGUGUGCAGUUGUAAAGCUCCUCAGUUCUUUUUCUUGUCUUCUAAAUAGUUUGCCCUUGUUUUGUUUGUUUGUUUGUUUGUCUCCUCUAAAUGGAUUGUUCCAAUCUUCAUAUAUUGGCAAAUCUUCUAAUAUUUGUGAAUUUGUGUUGCCGUGCUGAUCUUACCAAACCAUCCAUAAUCCACUUUGUGUUUCAUCUGUGGAAAAUUCAUGUUGGUAUUACUUGAGUUUGAAGGUGUUCUUGAUCCAGACCAAAGGGGCGGGUGGGAGUGGGGGAAUUGUUACAUUGUUUCAUUUUAGUUAGAUUUUUUUUUCUUUUGUCAUAAUAACUGAUUUACAUGAUAGUUUUAGUGAUGCUAUCCUGCAUCAGCCACAUGGGGGAAAAGGAAAAAAAAUUGAUAGAGUGUUAGUAUGUCAUGCUAGGAAAGGUUAUAUGAUUGUUGCAGUCCAAAAGGACACUGGGCGUCUGUAAUAAAUAAGGAAGAACAGCUGGAAACAAACACGGCAGAAGGGAAGCCGGUGUUUCGGGCUGAGAUGCUGGUGCUUUAGCAACCCUGAAUUAUUUCUAGGACCUUUGAAGUCGAGCAGUUUUGGGUAGUUUAUCAGUUUAGAGGUCAAAGCAUUGGACUGCCUGUUGUGGUUCAUAUAAUUGACAGUUGAAAGGCAUGUUGUGCUUUGGCUCAGGCAUGCGCUAUACUGAGUGCCUCUUUAGUUAUAAUGGUAAUGUAAAAUUGGUGUAAUAAUGUGGAGUAGAUGUAGUAUGUCAGUGUAGUUGCCACGAUAGUGAAAUGGAGUUAAUGAGGAACUACAAAGACAAAUGACAGAGGACACAAACAGUGGGUUGGCUUGAGGAAAAUCCCUGCAGUCACAGGCUGACAUCAGCAAGCAUUACCAUGGUUACAUAAUGAUCUUGCCCAAUGUUAAAUGUUUCCUGAUGACAAAGUGGAUGAAUCACAUAGAUUUAAUAAUUUAGGUUAGGCUUAAAGGACUUUUUGUAGUGACAUACAAUUUCACACUACUUGGCACUCCUCUUGUUUACAGUUUGAGAGACAGCCAGAACCACAACGAGGAGGAUGCCUAGGCUAAAGUAAGGAUAAUUAUAAUGUCUUAAAAAUGUAUAGGACUUUUAAAACAUUUAAUUGCAUUUAGUGAGUUAAGUAUGCAUACGUUUAGUGUCUUUUCAGUGGCGACAAGAUGCAGUUUACGCUCAUGUCCUUUUGCUUUGGACAGUAACAUUAAUUACCUUGUUAGCUUCUGCUCCCCAAUAUUUGCAUUAUAAAUAAAUAAUGCGCUGAUUAAAUUCAUUUUGCUUCUCAUUGCGCGAAGCAGCCACACCACGGUUCAAAAACAAAUGUGACUUAUAGGCCGAUGCAAUAUGCUUUAUUUCUCUCUUCAUGGCACGUUUGGUACAGAUGUGACGAAUAUUCUGGCAACAGACAGCCUGGAUAAUACCAUACUUUAGUUUUGAGAUUAUUUUAAGAUAAGGUUGAAAUUUUCAGUUUGUACUCACAGAGAUUGUUGUGUGCUUGCUUUGGGAGCUUGUCACAGAUUGUCCCCUACAGUUUGUACUGGCAACACGUUUGCAGGACAGAUUAACUCUGAGGUGUUGAGUGGGACAAAAGCAUCGGGGUGUUGUCCUUGCUCUAUCAAAACAAAUGUUUGCUUUGAAAAAGGCCAGAUCGUAGACACCGUCAGGUCACAUGUCUGCACAGCGGCUAAACAAAAGCGAGCAAGAAGUGUCAGUUUUCCAGGAAAUGUCCACGUGAAAGUCUGCCUGUUUGUGCCGAACCUGAACUAACACAGCGUACAGCAGCUCUUCUAGCCACACCCUAGUACAACCCCUGGCAAUAAUUAUUGAAUCACCGGCCUCGGAGGAUGUUCAUUCAGUUGUUUAAUUUUGUA